AUGAACGCCUUUGCUUCCUCGUCAAGCUCGACACUGGCGGCGGUCCGCCGUUUCGGUCAACCCGUACGCGGUGCUCGAGCCCUCUCCCAGCUCAGGCGUCCCUCAACCCUGAUGCUGCCUAUAGCAUUAUUGGGCAUCUCAUCACGCCACAUCCACUCCACAAUAACGCAGCCCUCACCCCUAUCUAACCCAUCACGUCCUCCAUCCAUCCGCAGCCUUAUUCGGGACCUACGUCCCCUCCUCAUCGGCUCUCCAUCCGCCUUCCUCCUCCGUCGAGGUAUAACCACCGCCCCCUCCACCACUACCCCUCCUAGAACCUCCCGCACCGACCCCGACCCAUCAGAAGAGGACGACCCCGAACCCGACCCAAACCUCUCGGCGUACGCGCGCCUCAAACUCCUUUUCAAGCGGUACGGAUGGUACGCUCUGGGCAUGUACACCGUACUCUCCGCGCUGGACUUUUCGCUCGUCUUUGUCCUGAUCCACCUGGCGGGCGCGGAGCGUAUCGAGCCCAUGUUGGCGGGCGCCGUAGGGUGGUAUAGGCGGCAGCGGUAUGGCGAGGAGCGGGCGGCCGAGCUUGCAGUGGAAGCGGCCGAAGAGGCGGCGGAGGAGAAGAGGAUAGCGGAGGCGGAGGAGAGGGAUCACGGGAAGGGGAAGAAGAAGAAGGAAAAGUCAGGAUGGAUGAGCCGGACUGUUCUUGCGGAGAUGGCGCUCGCGUAUCCUAUACACAAGGUCGCGCUGUUGCCUGUGAGAGCGGGGUUGACGGUUGCGUGGACACCGAAGUUUGUGGGGUGGUUGACGAGGCGAGGGUGGGUCGGCAAGGGCGGGUACACGCGAGCGGCAUCUCAUGCGCAGGACAAGAUCCGGACGGCAAAGGAGCGGGUCAAGGAGCGGGUGCAGGACCUCAAGCCGUGA